GUUAAAUCAAUCGUGUCAAAAAAAGGCAAAAACAAAACAGUUUUGGGUGGUUUUGCAUUGUGCGAAACUCUUCCUUCACCAAUUUCCUUAAAUUUAACACAGUAAAUUAGUCACUUUUUAAUUUCUUAAGGUUAAUCAGUAGCCCUAGGUUAUUAGGAUGUUUAAAAAAUUCGACGAAAAGGAGAGCAUCUCCGGUGUCCAGCAGCUAAAGUCGUCGGUCCAGAAGGGCAUUCGGAAUAAGCUCAUCGAGCAGUAUCCACAUAUCGAGGGCCAUAUCGAUAUGGUGCUGCCCAAGAAGGAUCAGUUCCGCAUUGUGAAAUGCCACGAUCACAUCGAAAUUUUGGUAAACAGCGCCGGGGAUCAGCUAUUUUUCCGGCACCGGGAGGGCUCGUGGAUGCCCACACUGCGACUCUACCACAAGUACCCGUUUUUCCUGCCGAUGGAACAAGUGGACAAAGGUGCCAUCCGAUUCGUACUGAGUGGGGCCAACAUCAUGUGCCCGGGUCUGACGUCGCCCGGUGCCUGCAUGACCAAAGUGGACAAGGGCACGGUGGUGGCGAUUAUGGCUGAGGGCAAAAACCAUGCCCUAGCCAUCGGACAGACGACGCUGUCCACGGAUGACAUAGCCAAGGUUAAUAAGGGAGUCGGUGUGGAGAAUUGUCACUAUCUCAACGAUGGUCUCUGGCAGAUGAAACCGGUGAAGUAAACGCGCCACUAGUCCACUCAGGGAGCUGUGUUCUUUUAACGUGAAAGAAGAGUAAAAUCCAUUGCUAAUUUCUAAUUAAAUAUGUGUAUGUCUACGAAAUAAUGAAUUAUAUUUUUGAUGUGAUAAUCCACA